CCCGCGCUCCCGAUUUCUGCUUCCGGGUCGGAGCCAUGGCGGUGGCAAAUUCAAGCCCUGUCAAUCCCGUGGUGUUUUUUGAUGUCAGCAUUGGCGGCCAGGAAGUUGGCCGCAUGAAGAUCGAGCUCUUUGCAGACGUUGUGCCUAAGACGGCCGAGAACUUUAGGCAGUUCUGCACUGGAGAAUUCAGAAAAGAUGGGGUUCCAAUAGGAUAUAAAGGGAGCACCUUCCACAGGGUCAUAAAAGAUUUCAUGAUUCAGGGUGGAGAUUUUGUUAAUGGAGAUGGUACUGGAGUCGCCAGUAUCUACCGGGGGCCAUUUGCAGAUGAAAAUUUUAAGCUUAGACACUCAGCUCCAGGCUUGCUUUCCAUGGCAAACAGUGGUCCCAGUACAAAUGGCUGCCAGUUUUUCAUCACCUGCUCUAAGUGUGAUUGGCUAGAUGGGAAGCACGUGGUGUUUGGAAAAAUCACUGAUGGACUUCUGGUGAUGAGGAAGAUUGAGAAUGUUCCCACAGGCCCCAACAAUAAACCCAAGCUGCCUGUGGUGAUCUCACAGUGUGGAGAGAUGUAGUCCAGAGGAAGACUGAAUCAGCUCUCAGGUGAUGCUGAUGCUGACUUCGAGUGGCAAGGCUACAGGGGAAUAACAGUCUGUCUUUUAAUUGAGAACCCACCAUAUUCCAAUCAGAAAAGACCCAGGAGGAAAUAAUCUCUUGGUGGCAUUGGUCCAGCAGGAAUCUACGGCAUUCAAAUCAAGAGAUCACCUAAUCAUGCAUUUAAGGCCUGUGCCUAGUAACUGGAAAUAGAAGAUAGGAAGGAGACAGAAGAUAGGUGAAGUCACUUGAUCAACUGUACCUCCCUAUGAAGAACUUCCUUCCUAUGAAGAACUUCCUUCCAGAACUUCUUUUGUGCUUUACCUUAGGUCCUGACUUUGGUUUUAGUGAAAAUGAAGUUUUCUGUACAACUCUAGGUGUAGUAACCUCGGUUUUAUCUCAGUGGGUCCUGUGAAAGCUUUUUACGUUGAAUUUGAUUAGGUAUACAUAAACGAACUUUGGGCCUCAGGAUUCUCCUACCCAGUCUGAACUGGGUUCUUGGCUACUUACAACUGCAUGGGGGGCAGGUGGGGCGGGGGCGUGGAACCUCUGUUUUGAAAACCUGAGAGUCUCUUGGAAAAGAGAGUGGCUGUGAGCUCUGACAGCCCUGCUAAUCUCCCUGUGAUCCCCAAACCUGGUACUGUCAAGCAGCAGAGAUCUUUCUUUAGUUCAUUGUUUCCCAAAUUUCCCUGAAGAUGAGAAUCACGUAGGGGCACUUGUUAAACCUACUAAUUCCCAGAUUCCCCCCCCCUGAAGAGUUUGAGCGAAUUUGAGGUAGGAUCCAGGAUGCUGUGUUGCUUCAGAUGCUUCUUAGCAGAGAAAUGUGGGUAACCCUGCUUUAGGUGGUACUGGUUGAAUGUUUUUUAACAUUUGUCUCUUAGGAAAAAAUAUAAUUAUACAGCACCUAAUUUUACAGGUAUUAUAGCUUACACUGAGGUGUUAUUCGAGUUCAAAUAGUCAGUAGGUUAAAAAUUAAUUGUACCUGUGGAUGGUGGAUAUGGUAAGAGCUGUGACACUGCUGUUGGAAUGACUGAGGUUUAGGAAAUACUGUCCCCCAAUCUGGGAUUUCCUGUAGAUGUGAUACAUUCCUGUAGAGGAAGAUUCUGAAAGACACAUUGGUGGCACGUGGGCUGGUCUUUCAUUAAUUAAGAUAGGUCCCACACUGCAGAUGAGGCAACAAACUUGGAAAGCCCAGUUCCUGCCUUAAAGGAACUCACAGUCUCUUGGGGAAACUGACAAUUACAGUACAGUAAAGCACUGAACUGGAGGUUUUAAGACAAAGGAAGGAAAGUGAAUGCCUGUGUCUGCCUGGAGUGUUUGGGAAGACCGCAGAAGAGAUGUUUCAGCUGAGUACAUGAAAGAAUGGAGUUUGUCAGGGUAGCUAAAACUGGAGAGGGCAUUCCAGGCAGAGGGAAUAGCAUGAGCAAAGGCACCAAGCAGGAAACAGCAGGAAGUGUAAGGGAAACUGCAAAUAAUUCAAUAUAGCCAAAGCAGGAAGAUAUGAAAAGCAAACUGUAAGAGGCGAGGCUAGAGGAGGCCAGGGUCAGCUGUGAGAUCCAGUGCAGGCUGAGGUAUUCAUAUGUUAACCUGAGGAUGGGGGUGAGCUUCAGGCAGUGUGUACAUCUUUCCCCCCUAGGGUGGGAGUCCAUCAUGCUCCUGAGAUUCCAAAGGGUAGCCUGACCCUCCAAAAAGAACCAGGCCAGUAGGAGCCAGUGAAGGAUUUUGAGCAGGAGAACACUGUAAUUGACUUGACUUAUUCAGAAGAUGAUUCUAGCAGCAGUGAGGAGGAUAGGCUAGAGGCCAGUGAGGUGUCCACUGCAGCAGUCCAGGCCAGAGCAAAGAGGUUCCACAUGAAAAUGUGCGUCUAGGGAGCACCAGAGAUGUGGCAGCAAAUAUUUGCAUGCCUGCUGGGCAUGUAACACCGUUCCCCGCCCUGAAAGUCAGAAGGCCUGCCAGCUAAAAAGGGCGGGGAAGGGAGAAUGGCUCCAUUCCAGUCCCUCCAGUACAAAGGCGAAGCUCCCUGCCCUGUAACCAGGCCUUACACACAGAGGGAUACAUUACGUCCAUGGAAUACUAUAUAGCCUUAAAAAGAAAGAGGUAGAUCUGUAUGUGUUGGCAGAUUUCUAAGGUAAAUUAAGGGACAAAGUCAAGAUGUAGUACAUUAUAUAAACAUGAUGCCGUUUAUUUUGAAUUACUCUUUCAGAAAUUACUGUAGUGAUAGAUAGCUGACUGGUAGUAAUGGUUACCUCUGCAGAGUAGAGAUAGCAAAGAGACUUUCUUUUCAGUUUAUAUUGUCCUGUAUAUGCUUGAAUUUUCUACACUGGGCAUGUAUUUUAUAAUAGAAAUACAUACUGUAUAUAUGUAGUUUUAACGAAUCCUAGUUCCUCCCAGCCCUUCCCAGGAGCAUGUAGCUAACAUCAGUUUGUGAAUCAUUCCCUGGUCCCCUCCUGGGUGCACCCACAGUACUUGGUUCAUCUCUCUAUUAUGGCAUUUAACACAGUGUAUCAUGAAUAUGUUGGUCUGGUUUUCUCUGGACUGAGAACUCCUUGAGGCAGGGACCAUGCUGACUAACACAGUGCCUGGUCAGUGAUAGAGCUUAGGUCCCGGAGCACCACGCAACUUGUAAAGUGCAUUUAUACAUUUUUGUACAUUCUGCUUGAGGGCCCAGGGUUAAACUUCUGUCUGAGCCUGCAGUAUGAUGCCAGGACCCACUGUGCUCUGGAGGAAGAGGGGUGUGGCCAUGUUUGGGGGGAGGGGAACAGUAGUAACUGAGUGUACUCACCCUGUU